AUGAGCUCUGCGGUGGCCGCCUUCCAUACGAUGUACAAGCAGCUCGAGGAGAAGUUCGUGAACUCCAAGCGGCAGGAGUCCCUCGUCGAGAUGCGCGCGGAGAGCCUCGUGGAGGACCUGCGCAGGAAUUCCAUCCGCAGCAGCCCAGGCCGCGAGGGCGUCACCCCGCUCCCGUCGAACGCCUCCGUGCUCGACGACGGCGAUCUGAUGUACCAGAUCCUGACGGAGAGGCUCGCGGACGCCGAGAAGAAGGAGAGCGAAAGCGAGUCCAUCAAGGCAAAGCUCAUGGCCGAGGUGUCCGAGCUCACGGCGGAGGUGGACGACCACAACUUCGUGAUCCAGGACGAGGAGUCCGAGGUGGCGGCCAUGGGCCGCCAGCUCACCUGGCACCAAGAGCACGCCCGGGAGGAGGUCGAGGGAGUUUCCUCGGAGUUGGAGCAGUACCGCAGAGCUUGCGGGACCGCUGAGGCCAAGGAGAGCGAGUACGAGUCCUACGCGCGGACGCUGCUGGCCGAGCUGGCGUCGCUGCGGUCGGAGUUGCAGGAUUCCGCCUCUCUGGGCAGCGCCCUGAGCCUGGAGAAGCGGCGGUCCCAGCAGUACCUUGCCGAGCUGGCAGAGUGCGACGUGGCGCUGGCCAAGUGCGAGUCGGCGAUGAUCCGCGCGGACCAAGAGCAGGAGGCGGUGAAGGAAUUCGACGGCGGGGCGGCCGAGUCCAGGCGCAGGUUAGAGUGCGCGGAGGUGCAGCUCAGCAAGGCGCGGUCGCAGGCGGAGGCGCGCGCGUCGCAGGCCGCGGAGGCGGAGCUGGAGGUUGCGACGCUUCGCGGCGAGCUGCUGAUUGAGCGACGCAGGUCGUGCAACGCCAUGGAGGCGGAGCGGCGCCAACACCAGGCCAGAGUGGCGAUCCUGGAGAAGCAGCUCCACCUGCUGACGAAGCACGCAGUCGGCCACAGGGGCAGCGACCCUGACUUGCCCGCGGGCGCCGGCGCCGCCACCUGCCAGGCGCGUCGGCUCUGCAUUCGCAUGGACAAGCUCCGCGCGCGCCAAUAG